CGACCGCCCCCUAGCUGUACUGGCGCACACGCCCCCUCCAAGGCGCCAGGAUGAAUGUAAUCACCAUUCACGAGAGCCCCUUCAACGGAGGCAUGUUGGGCCCCGCGACCCCGGGCUCCGGCCCAUCGGCCUCGUCGUCUGUCGGGUCUCUGCUGUGUGAUUCGUGUGUUCUGCCCACUUCGCCAAGUUCUUGCGCCUCGGGGCCCGUGUGCCCCCGUCGUCUUGCGUCGGUGGACUUCUCCGGCAGUGCCAGUCGCGGUCUCUUCCCCUUCAAUCCCCUGGUCCAGCCGCUUCGGAUAGCCAUUCGCUCGGAGAGCCACCAUGAUUUGACCGAUCUGGCCAUCGCGCUGGCCCUCCAGCCCGAAGGGAUCCUCUGCCCGGUGUUUUCCCACGGGAGCGGUGUUUUCACCGCAUCGCUGAGUUUCCUCGGGCCGGAUGCCGGUCCCGAUGCUUCCCGGGAGCUGGCCCGGCCACACAGCCUCUCCGCCGCCGAAUUGAUCAUCUUCAGCACGGCCGCCGGUGGCGUGGCCAGCGAGCGUCCCGCGCAGGGUGGCAGCCCGGCCGUCCCGAGCUGGCUCGACCGCGCCAUCGCCGCGGGUCUCGCCAUGCCCGAUUGGGUGCCUCUGCAGGUUCUGACCGUGGACCUGUGCAUUCGCGAGAUCCCCCCCUCGGUGAGCGAGUGUCUGCUCUUGGACCAAGCCCACUCACGCGGCACGGCCCUGGCUUCCUCUUCCUCCGACAGGAUCUCCCUCUCCCGGGAUGCCAGUGUCGAGCGGGACCUGAUUGAGGUGGUCGCCUCGUGCACUUUGACCGAUGUGGUCGGUCAGCUGCCCGGCGAUCCUGCCCCGGGGGGUGCCUCCUCGCCCGGCCGGUCGAGCCAGGAUCCGGCCCUCUCGUCCUCGGCCCCGGCUGCGCUGGUGCACGACUCUUGCCCGGCCCAGGGCCCCCUCGAUGGCCAUAUCCCCAUCCCGGAGCCCAUGUCAUCCAGUGUGGAGCCGGUGCGGGGGUUUGACAUGGCCACCGGGGGCUCUGCGACCCCGGGGGCAACGGCCGCUGGCCCGCGGCGGCGUGGGCGCAGCUUCCGCCGCGGCUUGCGCCACUACUUCCGCAAAUCCGCCGACACCAGCGGCCACUCCUCGGCCAUGGGGGGCUCCGGCGACUCGCGGGCCCUGAGCCCCCCGCCCCCGGGCUCGGCGGCCAACAGCACGAGCAGCCGAGAUCUGCUGGAGGUGGACCGGCGCCUGUCGCAGCUGUGCUCGCGUCUCCUGCAGGUGGACCCUUUGGUGCCGGAGGUGGCGACCACGGAUCGGGCGCGCGGAGGCGCCCCCGGGCCGGCUGGCAGCUGGAGCCCCACGGCCGACAUCGCCUCCACCGGGCCCGGGCUGAAUCUUUGUCUGUGGGGCCUGGCCUUGGGGCAUCCCCAUGGCGUGGCCUCGCAGCAGACCCUCGUCGACUCGGACGUGUGGGAUCUCCUGUCUCAGCUGCUCAGCCGCGUGUCCUCGCCGCACUGCCGGUCUGUGGCCCACCCGCUCAGUAGCCCGCACUUGACGCGGCUGUCCCUUGUGCAGUGCUAUCUGGGUGACCGUGGCCUGGAGGUCCUCAUGAAGUCCAUGGUGGCCGGCUGGCAGUGGCUGAUGUUCGCCUCGUGGAUCAACUCGUCCCCCGGCGUCGAGGCCGGAUCCGAGCGGCAUCUUCACCACCGGCGCGAGGGCCGUCUCCUGGAGGGCAUUCUCCAACCGUGGCCCAUCGAGCUUGAUCUUGCUUCCAAUUCCAUCACCCCGCUGGGCUGUCAGUAUCUCGCCGACUGGCUGUCCUUUCCCGUGUCCAUUCGCAGCCUGAACCUCGAAUCCAACCCGCUCCUGCCGGAGGGCGUGACCGCGGUGGUCCAGGCCCUUUGGCGUUCGCGUGUCACCUCCGAGCCUUCCAGCCUGGAGGAGCUCAACCUCAAUAGCACGUCGGCCGGCGAGGCGGUGGCCGCGGUCGGCGCGAUGCUCGCCCACGGCUGGCCCGGCGCGGCGGCGGCCUCGCCAGACACCCACUCCGCCACCGCCACCCCGAUCACGGGCAGCCCCAGGCUCGAUGAAGGCCCCUCCCUGGUGCCAUUGUUUAACCUCCAGCGCGGGACCCUCUCCUCGGGGCCCGUUCACCUGCGUGUCCUGCGACUGGCGGGUUGCGAUCUGCACGAUUUGUCCCCGCUGGCCAUGGCCCUGCGUGUCAACCAGUCUCUCGAGCAUCUCGACCUGAGCCAAAAUCUCGGCAUCAACAUGGCCUCCAUGCUGGACCUGGUGGAGGCCCUGCGCCAGGGUGGCUGUCGCAGCCUGACCCUCCUCAACCUGGAGAUGACCGACCUCUCGGACGAGGUAGCCAAUGCUCUUGCCGAGCUCCUCCGCUUCCAAGCGGACCAACGCCAAGCCACCGAGCAGCCGGCCUCGCCGGUGGCCAUUGCCCCGGCCACCGAACUCGCCGGCGAUCAGACACCUCCGAGUGAUGAUGUGCCCUCAAUGCCAGCUGGCCGCGUGCUUGCCAGCCGUCUGCGUGUUCUCAACCUCCGGCACAACAACCGUGUUGGCUUUGCCUCCUGGGCCAGCUUCGGCCGGGUCCUGGCCCACCCGGCGAACGGCCUCGAGAGUCUGGACCUUGCGGACUGCUCGAUCGGCUGUCGCGGGCUGUGCCUCCUCUUUGAGAAGGCCCUUCUGGCUGGCCAUCAGCCCCUGCAGCUGCCUGACCUGGACCUCUCGUACAAUGACAUCGGCGAUGCCGGGGUCGGGGCUCUGUCCGGCUUCUUGGCCGCGCUCCCCUCUCACAGUGUCCUGAACCGCAUCGUCCUCCGGGGGAACCGCAUCACCAAACUCGGCAUGGAUCAGCUCCUGCAGGCUGUCGAGCAGGUGGUUUCCCGCAGCGACCCCGAGGCCCCGUGGCGUGCGGCUGUCAACCUCGACAGCAACCACAUCGAGCCCAAGUGGUGGGGGCUCCGGCAUGCCACGUCCCCGCCCCCGGGCGGAGUUACCGACGCAGCUCCGCCGUCUCCGCAGGCACAUCCCUAGUGCGCGACCGCUCCCGUUAAGGGGGGGGGGGAAGUACAUGCGUCUUCCCCUGUCUGGGCUGGCGUAUCCGCCUCCCACUCCCUUGCCCCCCCCCCCCCACCUCCCUUGCUGGUCAACACGCAGAGCGUUUGCUGAAAUGUUGCU